AUGAGCCAGAAGAUAAAGCUCGAAAAGCAGAGCGGACCUCAGCUUGGAAUCCGUGAUCUCGCGGAUUCUGGCCUCCAGGGCAAUCCUUCUACCUGCAAGGUAGGCUCGAAGCCGUUUGUAUCUCUGAUGGUCCACUCCGUUGAGGGUGUCGCAGUACGUGAAGUCGGCCCUGAGAUCGUGGAUCUGCCCAAUAAUAGAGGACCGAAGGGCUCGGAGAUUUUCAUCAAAGAUCACUGGGCCGUUCAUUUUGAGGAAUGGCAGAAGCUUAAAAGGUUUGUCAGCUAUUAG